AUGGCAAAAAAGAAAACAAAAGCAAAUGCGCUGACAGUUAUAGAAGCAACAACGAGCAAUGGAAGUGGUAGUAGUACGACCAAAUAUAUCAUUGGGUUCGUUGUCCUGUGUGUUAUAAUUGGGGUACUCGGAUGGUACUUCAUUGCUGGACGCAAUACUACCACCCCCGAAUCUGGUAACAAAAGUGGACCUCUGGCGGGUGAAGGGGACCCAAACGACAAUACAACGGUAGCACCCGAUGGGACAUACAUUCCUCAGGAGUCUACCUCUGCUCCCGAUGAAACAGAUGACACAACCAUUCCUCCUGAUACUGAAACAGAACCCCCAGUGGAUACAACUCAACCACCCAGGGAUACGUUUCCUCCAAUCGAGGAUACAACACAGGCACCUACGACCGAAGCUCCUACGACACAGGCACCUACAACACAAGCGCCAACAACCGAGGCACCUACAACACAAGCACCUACAACACAAGCGCCAACAACACAGGCACCUACAACACAAGCGCCAACAACACAGGCACCUACAACACAGGCGCCAACAACACAAGCGCCAACAACACAGGCGCCAACAACACAGGCACCAACUUAUACACCCGAAGAAGAACAAGCGUGUGCAGAGAAGGGCCUUGGACUUUGUGGUAUUCCGUGUGCACAGCAAAUGGAAGGUCACCCACAAGGGGAGGCACAGAACAUUUACUACCAGUGCAUGAAAGUGUGUGUCCAGGAUAAGAUGGAUGACGUCUGUUAUACCAUAUUGUUGGAUAACGUGCCAGCGCAUCUACGGUAA